AUGGAAAAAUCGGCGAUUAAGAGCAAGCAGGCUCUACUGACCGCUGAAAGCCAUGGGGCACGGUCUUGCUCACCCGCUUUGCUCACUCCGACUCCCGCGUCAUGGAGUUCGCAGUGUAAAACCCCCCCUCCAAUGGCGGAACCACAUUUCGCACCAACAACAAGCAGUGCUGCAAUUUCUGCAACCGCAGCGACAUCCACUGCAACUGAAAAUACUGCGACAUCAACGAUUACAGAGAGUACAAAAACAACAACUUCGGAAAGUGCCAAAACGGCCCCGCCCAUACAGACUGGAUUGGAUCGCUACAUCCAAUUUAAGCGCAAGCUCAGCCCGCAGAGUAGUCCCGCAGGCAAUAAAACAAAAACUAACCGCGUACAGAAGAUCGACAAAGAACCAGGAAGAUCCAGUAGUAACAGAUUUGCCCUACUGGCGGAGGUUGACGAAAACCAGCCAGCGUCAGACACCGCAAAAAAACCCAAGCCCCCUCCAAUCUGUAUCAGGGAGAAAAACUCGAGUGCCCUGGUCAACCAAAUUGCGGCGUUGAUCGGGAAAGGUGACAACUUUCAUGUUGUCCCGCUUAUCAAAGGGAACAUUCACGAAACAAAGGUGCAAACCAAGACUGCAGAGCACUUCCGUAUCGUGUCCAAAUAUUUGGACAAUGAUCGGAUAAGCUACACGUACCAGCUAAAAGCAGCAAGGAGAUACAAGUGA